AUGCUUGUUCCGAGGUCCGUCAAACGCAAGUAUGAACACGCAACAGAGCCUGUAUCCACAACAACAACAACAACAACGACAUCACCACCACCAGCAAAGCGACAUGCAGUAGAGACAACACCGUCAACACCCCAUGAGGACGACGACGACGAGCCGAUCAAACGAUUGUCAUCGCAACAGCGACUUGCCACGAUCGGCAGUGACGAACCGAUUUGUGUCAUUUGCAGCAAAUAUGGAGAGUACAUUAACGACGACACGGAUCACGAUGUGUGUAGUCUCGAGUGUAAAGGCAUUGAUACCCGUAUGACAAAACCCACGGUGACACCCAGUCGACCAUCCGAUGCGAUUGUGCAGCCUUAUGUUGCUGAUACGCUCCAUGCCAAACUCACCAACUACACUGAGCCACUUGAUCUUGCCAGCAUGACAUCAUCACAGCUCCAACUGAUCCUCAAGGCACAAGAAAUCCAACUAAGAGGAAGCAGUGUACCACAUCCCAUCACGAGUAUGGAUCAAUGCAAGCACGUCCUGAGUCAGCCAUUGAUACGCAACUUGGAUCAAGAAGGAUUAUGGGGAAUGGCUACGCCUGUGCAGCGACUAGCAGUACCAAGCAUGUUGGCAGGUCGAGAUGUGAUUGUGGUGUCUCCUAGCAGUUCAGGCAAAACGACAUCUUUUCUUAUCCCUUUGGUGGCCCAUUGUCAAUCAUUAUCCAUCAUGCAUGAACAUAAACGACGCUCUGGUCCCUAUGCACUUGUUCUUGCACCAACACGUGAUCUAUGUGUCCAAAUUGAAUCGACAUUGAAACGACUUGUGGCAGGUAUACAGAGUAUGAGGACAGCCUUGUUGGUGGGUGGCAUACCAGUAGCGGAUCAGCUGUAUCGAUUACGCAAAGGUGUUCAGAUCGUUGUGGGCACACCUGGAAGAGUCACCAUGAUUGCAAGCUCCUUUCCACACAUGUUGCGUCUUUGGCGAAUGCAUAUGGUUGUUUUGGAUGAGGCAGAUGUGUUGCUGCAACAAGCUGGUUUACGUACACAAACCAAGGAGAUCCUGGAUCGUCAUUUGAGUACAAGCACUUUACGUCGACAAACAGCUUAUUUUUCAUCAUCACCAGAGAUCACCAAAAAAGCAUAUUGUCGACGUCUUGUGAAGCCGAUUGAGAUUCUCGUGGGCCAAGUGAACGAAAAGGAGGAAGCAAGGGCAUUGAAAGCAACACCUCCCAAUGUCAAGCAAACCGUUUUAUGGGUCGAGAAUGCGAGCAAAGCCAAACGACUGUUAUCUAUUUUGGAUGAUCCCAAGUACUUUACAGCACCCGUGGUCGUGUUUGUGGAUUCUGGAUUGGGCGCAGAGUAUCUUAAACGAUCCUUGCUGAAACGUCGAAGGGAUUGGCGCAUCGCUGCCAUUGUCCAACAAGAACAUUCCAUUGAUGAUCGUAAAGCCGUGAUUGAAGGGAUGAAUCAAGAUCCACCCGCUUGGGACGUGGUGAUUGCAACAGACACGCUUGCACGUGGCAUCGAUCUUCCACAUGUCAGUCUUGUGAUCAAUUACGACAUGGCGUCAUCACUGGCGGAUUAUAUCCAAAGGAUCAGCAGAGCUGUCAUUCCAGAUUCUCUUAUCGAUACCUCAAAACGAAAACGUGGAUGGGCCAUUACAUUUAUCAAUAAGGACGACAAGCGAUUACUUCCAUCCUUUGCCAAGUUCCUUUCCACCAAAUCAUCAGUCGAUGUCACCCCGAUACCCAAUGAGCUCAAACACUUUUUACAGAAUGAAUAA